GAACAACCGGGCUGGACGGGCUAGUUGGGACUCGUCUGGACCUGGACUGGACUGGACUUGACCGACCCUGAUUUUCUCUGAACUCUCUGCAACGGUCGUGACGCUCAUUCGUGUUCCUGCGUUUACCAGCUCUCGUUUGUACCGUGGCAGGCCAUCUUACGCCCUCCUCACUUCCCCUCCUCUCGUCGCUACCCGUCUGGGCACUGUUUACGCCGGACCCCGAUCUCUUUCGUUCACACCUGACGCCGCCACCACCUCUGAUAGAGAAGAAAGCUCUUCGGAAUCCUAACCGUGGUGUAGCUGGUUUGGGUUGGCAGCCCAGUGACGCCCAAGAGCUUUCUCACAUAGUUUACACUCUCGAUUUCAGCCUCGGCUUCGGUCUUCCUUCUCCUCAAUUUUCUUGAAGCUUCCAUCUCCGAUCAUUAGAAAUGGAUCCGUUGCUGCAUUCUGCCUCGGAGGUGGUCCCUGUUGUCGCGGAGCCGCAGCCGCCCUCUGCGGAGGAUCAUGUGUCCGAGGCACCUGCACCGCAGGAGGCCCACUCGUCUGAACAUCAGCCUCAAGAGGAUCCGGCGCUGGCGCCUGUCAAUGUCCAUGGGGAAGAGCCUGCUCCCGUCGACCAGUCAGCUGGCCGAGUAGGCAUUGACAACGGCUACAACAGCGACUCCAAGGCGCACUAUCACUCGCGUUCGACCGACUUCCACCACUCUGCUCCCGAAUACACCCAAGAGGCCGACCACGCAGCUCGCCUCACCUCAUCUCCAUCAGUCAACCCACAGCCUCAACUGCAUCCUUCCCGGCCUGGAUCUGGGUUCUCCAGUGGCACGGAGCGACAUGGCAUGUCUCAGCAGCCACAGCCCGCAGAAGCUGCGCAACGACAGGCCGCCCAGUCCUCGAAGAACAGCGUUGUCAUCAAGGUCGGUAUGGUUGGAGAUGCUCAGAUUGGCAAGACUAGUUUGAUGGUGAAGUACGUGGAAGGCAGCUGGGACGAGGACUACAUUCAAACACUAGGUGUCAAUUUCAUGGAAAAGACCAUUUCCAUUCGUAAUACUGAGAUUACCUUUUCAAUUUGGGAUCUUGGUGGCCAGCGCGAAUUCGUCAACAUGCUGCCACUUGUUUGCAACGACGCUGUGGCCAUUUUGUUUAUGUUUGAUCUUACCCGCAAGAGUACCUUGAACUCCAUCAAAGAAUGGUAUCGCCAGGGCCGGGGCUUCAAUAAGACCGCUAUUCCGUUCCUGGUCGGCACCAAGUAUGACCAUUUUGUCAACUUCCCACGCGAGGAUCAAGAAGAAAUCUCGCUUCAGGCCAAGAGAUUUGCCAAGGCAAUGAAGGCUAGCUUGAUCUUCAGCAGCACCAGCCAUAGUAUCAACGUGCAGAAGAUUUUCAAAAUCGUUCUGGCCAAGGCAUUUGACCUCAAGUGCACAAUCCCCGAGAUCGAGAACGUCGGUGAGCCGCUGCUGCUCUACAAGAACGUGUAAGAGCACCCGAACACUUUGUGUCGAUCGCCUGCCGGUUAUGUACAUUGGGAUGAUGUGAUGCUUCUUGAUGAUCAAUUCCUGACCCCUGCUUCUGCCCUCGGAACUCCUUUCUUGUCAAUCGUUUUUUUUUCCUUUCUCCCCCAUUGAUGUAUUUCUUGUGUCCUACGUCUAUCGCCCGUAGUUGGCUCGUGGUUGACUGGGACGCGGGUAUUCCCACCUUUCCAUCCAGCAAUCCAUGAGCUAGCUGCGCAGCCAUUGACCAUUCUUCCUUGUGCAAACUGUUCCUUUUUCCUGUUCCUGGGCUUCAUGUUCUCCAUCCUUCACCUGGAUGUACCUGGUCUUCUUCUUGUUUUGUCUUCAUGUCUUUAUUCCCUGGACGGGGGCUCCACUAGCCGCCUUGGGCGUUCGGGAGUCCAAGAGGUCGAACAGGGUACUGUAUGCUGGAAAUGGCAUCAAAACAGAAAAUUCUUUGUCUUUGUGUAG